AUGACCUCCCGUCUGGUCCUGGCCAUCGGCGACCUCUUCGUCCCAGACCGUGCACCUGACAUCCCCGCAAAGUUCAAGAAACUUCUCACACCCGGUAAAAUUGGCCAAAUCCUCUGCCUCGGCAACCUCACAGACCGCGACACCUUCGAAUUCCUCCGCCAGAUCGCCCCGGACCUCCAACUCGUCAAGGGCGACUUCGACGUGGACUCUCCCAACCUUCCGCUCUCCAAGGUCGUCACACACGGCAGCUUGCGCAUUGGCUUUACCCACGGCCACACCAUCAUACCGCCGGGCGAUGCGGAUUCCCUCCUCAUAGCGGCGCGGCAGAUGGAUGUCGAUAUCCUGCUGUGGGGAGGCACGCAUAAGUUUGAAGCGUAUGAGUUGGAAGGGAGGUUCUUUAUCAAUCCGGGGAGUGCUACGGGGGCCUUUACGACGACUGCGGGUGGGAUGGGGCAGGAUGAGGAGGAGCCCACGCCCAGUUUUUGUUUGAUGGAUGUGCAAGGUGACGUGCUCGUACUCUACGUCUACCAACUACGCAAGGAUGCCCAGGGUGCGGAAACCGUCUCGGUCGAGAAAGUGUCGUUUCGCAAACAAGCACCCUCUCCCGUUUCAUGA